AUGUCGGCUGCAAGGCCGAACAGCGCCCUUUCCCGGCCAGCAUCUUCGGCUCACGCCGGCUUUUUAAGCCUCCCGAUCGAUCUGCGCAAUAAUAUCUACAGACAAGUGCUGGCUGUGCCACAUACAAUCUUCUUAUUUCAGGAUCCGGGUUGUCCAAUCGAAUCCUUCGCACCCGAAAAGCCACGCCAAUGGCUGGCGCUUCUAUAUACCAACCGGCAAAUAUCCAAGGAGGCAAACGCAGUUCUCUAUAGUACAAAUGAGUUUUCUCUCGAGGAGGGGACAAACCGCCAGGGCAGUCUUUUGAAAUCCUUCCUGAACUGCAUUGGCUCUGUGAAUGCAGGCUUGUUGUCGUACCUCCGGAUGAAUUUUCCAGCCACAGAGAGGGUGGAUGGCCAAUUGGGUGAAAUCAAAAUAAGAGAAGAUUACCUGCAGACUUUGCGGCUGCUCCAAGAACAGUGCACCAACUUGAAAACACUGGAAACCCUCGUUUACGGUCCGAACUACGGUCUAGUAACAGACACAGAGAUCAAUAUCCGAUUCCUCCAAGAUGCAUUAAAAGAUAUUAAUACACAGUUCAGAGCUAUUGAGUCUCUUGAUAGGAUCAUUGUCAGGGUUUGCAACGGAUCUCUAGCUCCUCCAACUACAGAGUUUAUGCAACAACUUGGUUGGAUUGUCUUGCUGCGCAAUAGAUAG